UCAGGUGUUGUUUCUGUUUCGCACCGGGGCCACUUUAAACGAAGAUGGCUAAACAUUUAAAGACGACGUACUCUAUUAAGUAUUAAUUACGACAGCGUACCGGUAUGUAUCUACUCUAAAGGCUCAACUGACGACGUACAGCUUUGUUUCCUGUUGGAGGUCGCCGUAAAUUUCUUUACCAUGGCACCUCCAAAAAAGAGAGCGUUACCCAAACCACUCCCUGGGGGCUUUAUACUGACUGACAGUGAGAAGAAGAAAUGGAAGCUGGGGAAAAUCAUCGGUCAAGGUGGCUGUGGACUCAUUUAUCUUGCCUCUAAUGAUGUGGACAGACCUGUUGCAGAAGACACAAACUUUGUCAUAAAACUGGAGUACCACGAGAACGGCCCCCUGUUCUCCGAGCUCAAGUUCUACCAGAGGGCAGCCAAACCGGAGAGCAUCCAGAAGUGGAAGAGGAGCAGGAAACUGGACUUCCUGGGCAUCCCAGCGUACUGGGGGUCCGGGUUGGCAGAACAUAAUGAACUCAGGUAUCGUUUUAUGGCCAUGGACCGGCUCGGCACGGACCUGCAGAAGAUCUGCGAUCAAAGCGGAGGUCGGCUGAAGAAGAACACUGUUCUCCAGCUCGGUCAAACACUGGUGGACAUUCUGGAGUAUAUCCAUGACAACGAGUACGUGCAUGCAGACAUUAAAGCUGCCAACCUCAUGCUGGGAUGCAGAGACCCUGACAAGGUCUAUCUAGCAGACUAUGGGCUGUCCUACAGGUUCUGUCCUGAUGGAGUCCACAAAGAAUACAAGGAAAACCCCAAGAAGGGCCACAAUGGAACCAUUGAAUACACCAGCCUUGAUGCUCACAAAGGACUGGCUCCAUCCAGACGUGGUGACCUCCAGAUUUUAGGUUUUUGUCUUCUUCACUGGUUAUGUGGGUCUCUGCCUUGGGACAAAGUUCUUAAGAACCCAACUCAGGUCCAGGAGGCCAAGGCCAGACUGAUGGAUAAUCUGCCACACUCAGUCCAGCAGCUGUCAGUGAGUGGAGCCAGCACAGAUGAGGUAGCUGCAUUCCUCAGCUAUGUGGAAACUCUGGACUACCAAGAGAAGCCAAACUACCAGCAUGUCAAACAGCUGUUGGCCACUGUUGGCACAGGAAGACUUGACUUCUCUACGCCAAAACGACCUGCAGGACCCGAGUCCACCACCAAAGUACAAGAUCCCCCCGCCAGGGAACCGAAAGCAGGACGAGCCAAAAGGCCGUCCAAAGCCAAAGCUGCAGCUAAAGAGGUGAAGGAUGAAGAAGAAGAGAAGGUGAAGCCUAAACCAGUAGAAGCUCGCUACGUAAGGGGACCACCGCUCUCUAAGCCUCAGUCACAGAAUGAUGAUGGAGUUUUGCCGGCUGUCAGCGGAUCAUUGAGGCCUCGACCUGUGGUGACUUAUAACGAAGAUGACAGUGAAACUGAAACUGAGGAUGAAGAAGAUGAAGAGGAGGAGGACGAGGAGGAGGCCAGACCCAGACCCAUCCCUGCAUGCUACCUGAGGGGCCCCCCAAUAGGCCCCAGAGCUCAGUCCAAACAGAACACUGAGCUCAAACGGCCCGUCAGGAAAACAAACCACCUCACCAUGACGUCAGAGAGACGGGAUCGACGACUCCACUCGCAAAGGAGAAAACAGACAUUGACAAACGGAGACGCCAAGAAGCAAACACACACAGACUACAGGGAGAGGAGGGCCGAAACGCUGCUGCCCCAGAGUGAAUAUGUGGACCAGAGCUGGGCCGGCCCAAAGGUAGAGGACGACUGGGAGCGACACCAGAAUCACUGCAGGCUGCUCCAGCACAGAGCAGCCUGCAGCCAUCACCAUCACUGCCACUGUGACCUCUGCUGUGAACACAGUUUGUUUAGAUGGGAGGGGUCUCCUCUCAGAGGGCCACAGAAGGAAGCUGGUCCCCCACAGAGGGAGGGGCCCUUCUCCUGGUUCCUCUUUGUGACUGUCGUCCUUUUCCUGGGUGCAGCUCUGGGUGUCUGCCAGAGUGUGUUUCAAUCCUUUUAAAAACUUCAGGACACAAGCUGUGUGUGUGUGUGUAUGUGUGUGUGUGUGUGUGUGUGUGUGUGU